AUGGAGUCCAACGCGCAGCAGGCGGCGACGUACAACGAGACUUUGCGCAAAAUCAACAACAGUCUCGAGAACGCCUUGAACACCUUCGGCCGGUCGUCGCGACAAUACCAGACGGUGUUAGAAAUCCUCAAGAACUGUCUUCUGGAUAUCGAGCGCGAAAAACAAAAACAGACUGUUGAUCCAGACAUGCUGAGUACCGCGAUGGGGUUUCUACAGCUGGGAGAAUGA